GCUAGACGUAGCUAUCCGCGCCGUAUGUGUGACUGGGGUAUUACAUACACUUGUAACAUGUUUCUUUUUUGUUAUAUAAUGAUAACCUUCACCGCAUGCAAACAACUGUGAUAUUGGAAACUAGGUAGUAAAUAGGUUGUGCGCUAGGUAUGUGGUAGUAAUGUGGAAUGAUCUAGAUGCUAUAUAUUAAAUGUAAUCUUCAAACAGGGAAAGUGUCUAGUGAAAAUAUACAUUUGUUGUGAUGUGAUCCAAAAGAAUUUGGAACAUUAGUAUUUACGUCCGUCAUUUACUUUCGAAUGACGAAAAUUUAAACAUCACUAAAGCUUUAAAUUUGUGUGACAUCAAUAAACUGGAUAAAUCGGCGCGUGAUUUCUGAAUGUUGGGAAGAAUCCUUCUUUUAUAAAGUUGAGCUGGAAUAAUAUCUUGGAAUAUAAUGGAGAAAUCUGUUAAAAGAAAAAGAACAAGACGUAAAAAAGGGUCCAGGCAUGCGAGGAACAUCGUCAAUACAGAUGAACCUUCAGAUGUCCAAAAGAAAUUUCAAGUGACAGAUCCUAUCACCGGCAGGACAUGCAUGAUAGCUUUUCAUUCUUAUGAAGAUUUUGUACAGAGAUGCACAGUCAGAUUCGCCAUAAAGGAAUCGAGCGACAUACAGUUUUUUGAUGCUGAUGUGGAAAAUGUCGCAAUUGAUAAAACAGAACUUAACGGACUGUAUGACGGCUUUAAUAUCAUGAUUAAAACGCUCGAUAACUUGAUCAGCAAUGAGACAGAUGUUCAAAAAUGUUGUGGAAGCGAUGCUGCACCAGAGGAUGACAUGUGGUUGGACCAUCAACGACUAUAUGGUAGUGUUCCGCCAGUUGAAAGAGAUAAAAUGUAUAAAGAGACAAUGCCAAGUGAUGAUAUGCCGUCGGACUAUCAGCGAUCGUAUUGCGGCAUUCCUCCAUUUGGAAGAGACAAAAGUGGUAAAGAGACAAUAGGAAGAGGAAGAAUUAGAAGCGCCGUGGAUUUGCCUAGAAAUUUUGACCUUGGCAUCACUAGUAUUGAAAAAGAUGACGACAGUGUAGAAGGAAAACUUGACAGAUGGAAUCUUUCGACACUAGGUUCUGAAAUUGAACAAACUCGAUGCAUUAGCAGCAGUGGAGCGUCGAAAACUCAAGGUGUGGGAAUUGGAAUAAACAUUGCAACUGACAAGGCCGAACUAACUAAACGGAGUGAAGUAGAAAAAGGGACUGCUAUCCGAAACCAUGUUGUUGAAUUCGGACUACGAGGCAUUGAAACAGUUUUGGAAUCACAUUUGAAUAAAUGGAAAAAGAAGCCACUAAAAAUAUGCAUAACUGGCAUGGCAGGAAAGGGAAAAUCAAGUCUAAUAAAUUCACUUAGGAAUAUGUCUCCAAGUGAGCCAGGAGCUGCUGAAGUCGGUGAAAUAGAAUGUACAAAGGAAUGCAGGUCAUAUCGGCAUCCGAAACUAGACAACGUUCUUCUGUGUGAUGUACCUGGAGUCGGAACAGAAUGGUUUCCUAAGGACACAUACCUGAAGGAUAUAGAUGUAGACCAAUAUGACUUUUUCAUGAUAGUUUCAAGUGAGCGCUUUACAGAAAAUGACAUCUGGCUUGCAAAGAAGAUAGAAGAACGAAAAAGGAAGUUUUACUUCAUUAGGACGAAGGUAGACGUGGAUAUGGAUUCAAUUUACGAAAGAAAAUUGGAAAGUUUCAAUGAAAAGAAAGAAUUUGAAGACUUAAAAAAGAAGAUAACAAGCCAGGACUUGCGAGACUUUGGACAUGUUGAAGGAAGAUACUCAAAAUGUUUUUUGCUAUCGAACAAGGCACGAUAUAGAAACCAGUACGACUUACCGAUCUUACUACAGCAGCUCAAAAAUGAUGUCGAUAUUAAGAGGCAGGAAGCAAUGCUGGUUGGAACUGUUGAAUUAUCAAAAAAAGUAAUUGCAGAGAAAGCAGCACUUUUAUUGGCACGGGCAAAGAAUACAGCUCUUUUGUCAGGUACUGUGGCCGCAAUACCUAUACCAUUUAUAUCUACUGGAAUAGACAUUGCCAUUAUUCUUCAAGAAAUUUUGUUCUAUAGAAAGCAGUUUGGCCUUGAUGAUGAGUCUCUGCUGGGGCUAAUGACAUCGGUAGAUGUAAGCGAGUAUACUUUAAAAUCAAGGGUUAAAUUUCAUACUCCACCAACACUUUUCACAGAUGUCGGUCUGAAGGGAUAUCUGUCAAAGUACAUUUCGAAUAAAGUCGGAGAGAAAAUAGUUCAAUACGUUGUUCCAGUUGUUGGAACAGUUUUUUCCUGUGUGAUGUCGUACAAUUUCACAACGGCUCUCCUUGAAGACAUUGUUAACAUGAUGAAGGCUGAUGCUACAAAUGUUCUUAUGUUUGUUGCAAACAAAGACAAUAUGGACAUCGACAGACAAUUUGUACGGUACAAAUGCAAAUUAGACAUUUUCUGAAAUGCGAACAUAUAGCAUAUUCUGUAUAAAAACAAACAGUUGCAUUGCAAGAUUGCACAAACCUGUUUAAUAUAUUUUCAGCUGUUUGCUUUGUAAGACUUACGCCGUCUCACGUAUGGUCUGUGCUGACUUUAAAUCGUUUAACGUUGAACUUCACAAUCUGUAAAGUAAUGAUCAUAUUGAAUUACAGUUUUGAUAAUUUUGUGCCAGGUGAUAUAGAUAUAAAAGCUCCUGUCCGUAAAAGUUUUUCACCGUUACCAGGGACAGAAUAAGUCGUUUAGAUUGAUUUUCCAUUCACUAGGUAUGUUUAUAAUGUUGCAACAGAUUUAUAUAACAUUGAUUACAUAUUAAUCAAUUAUCAUGUUUAACCCAAACUCUCCAACACAGUGUUACUUCUCUUUAUCGGUACUGUAGACAAUGGCAUCACGUUAAAAUUAGGAUGAAUUUCAGCAGAGUUAUAUUUUUCUUUUGUUUGAUUUUGUUGUACGAAGUCUGUAUCUUAAUAGUUAAAUAUUAUAUUUUGCUUUUAGAACGAGCAAAUUAUGACAAGCACUUGAUUUACAAGAUGUGGUCAAGCGUUUUGCCAUUUUCACAUGAUCACAUGGUUUUACCAUCGCCGCGUGAUUUGAUUGGAGGCAGACAAUACUCCUGCGCGUAGGCUAGUUUGAAUAGCUCCUAAAACAAUAUCAUUCAAAUAUAAUUCUGAAAACAACACUUCGUAAACACACUAGGUGUUUAGUUGCACUUGGAUAUUCGACCAGUUUUAUAAGUGCUGUCAACAACAUUUUACAAAAAACGCCUUAUUGGUAUAUGCACCUACAUAGGCAAUUUCGCCACAUAUUUGAUUCUCAUAUUUAUAAACUGCUAUCAUAUGCUUAUUAUAUCAGGCUCGUUUUUAUGAUUAGCGUAUGAAAGGUCUCAUAUGAGAAUCAUAUAAUAAUUGUAUCAAUUUAAUAUUUGGCGAUAUCGCCUGUAUAUAGUAUAUUGACUGUUUUUAUAGAGCUCAGCUAUAUGCAUGCGCAGAAAUUUACAUUUUGUAUCAGUUAUCUCUCGUUUGAAUUCUACCAAUAGUAGUAUUUCAGAAUAGUUACCAUUAUUGAAAUUAUACCAUGUUUGUAUUUAGUUUCGCUUUGAUGUGUCGUAUAGUGACAAUUUGUAUGUUUUGAAUUUUCUAAUGUAAUGUAAACACCUUACGGACUCGUGCAGCAAUAUUCUCUCGGGAGUCUGUAUGUGUAUUUCAUUUCGCAAAACUAACGUGUGUUAUGACUAUUCCACUUAGGUAGCAGAUUGCAGUUUUUGGACUUCACACUAUCAUAUUAUACAGUUUUAAUACUUACAGGUAUUGUAGAUAAACAAUGUAUGCCACAAAAUUGAAAGGGUAACAUAAUAUAGCAAAUACAGUGUGUAAUCAAAUAGACAUUUUUUCUUUGUUUUACGAUGUGGGAAUAGAACAUUUGUGAAAAAUACCCUGUUGAUUGUGAGCAUGAAAGUUGAGAAAAUGAAAAUGUUGCGAUAGUAUGUUCUGUGUAUAUAUAUAUAUAAAAUAAAGUUGUAAUUCCAUUC